AAAAUGGGGAACUGACUGGACUGACAAAAGCUUGACUGACCUGACACCAGUAUGCAAGAUUGCACCUACCUCCAACCAGAUGUGACAAAAGGGUAGAUGAACCAGGCAGAUCUGCAGUAUGUGAAGAAUUUUCAGCUUCAAAAUGACCAAGUGAGACAUGGCAGAGCUUUGCUCUAUGGCCCAGUCGGUGCUGGGAAGUCCAGCUUCAUCAAUUCUGUCAGCAAUGUCUUACGGAGAAGAAUAACCUGUCCAGCUUUGACCAACGCAACAAAUGAGGAGAAAGGAAGUUUCACCAAAAAAUAUGAAAGCCACAACAUUAAGAAGGAUGCAGGGCAGUUUUACCCAUUUGUCUUCAAUGACCUGAUGGGUUUGGAAGAAGGGAGUGGACGAGGAGUGAGAGUGGAAGAUGUCAAACUGGCCAUGAUGGGACAUGUGAAGGAGGGUUAUAAGUUCAACCCUGCGUCUCCAUUGUCCACGUCUGAUUCUGGCUACAACCCUUCACCUUCUCCAGAGGACAGAGUUCAUGUUGUGGUUUGUCUCUACUCUGGUAACACGACAGAAAUUAACAGCUCAGUGUUACAGAAGAUGAAAGCCAUCAGAGAGGCAGCCAGCGACUUGGGUAUUCCCCAGUUAGCUGUUCUUACCAAAUUUGAUGAGGCCUGUCCUGAAACUGAAAAGGACCUGAAGAAUGUGUACAAAAGCAAGCUUGGGAAGAGAAAGAUGGGAGAUCUGAGCUCAAAACUGGGGAUCCCGCUUAACUUCAUCCUUCCUGUGAAGAACUACAGUGAAGAAACACAACUGAAUGACGACGUCGACACUUUGAUCCUGAGCGCACUGAGAAUGAUGAUUGACCUGGGAGAAGACUUCAUUGACUCUAAAUUAUAAACUGACACAUUCCUGACAGUUUCAGACAUACACACUGAUGUAAUACACUCGAUGAAUAAUACAUAAUCACAGUAUAAUAAGAGUCACUUUUUCCACACAGACUGAUGUUAA